UCUACUGCAGAGAAUACAUGUCGUGCAAGGAUGCUACCUAUAUCAGAUUUUAAAAAGGAUACUCUACCAAAAGAAUACAGACACAAUAGUUUAGUUUCGUUAGUUCAAAAUAUUAGUAUUCUCACUGGAAGACUAAAUAUUGACUACGUUAGUGACAAAAGACCGGAAAAAUACCCUGAUAGCGACGACCCGUAUCCUUUGUAUGAUAAAAGUAAAAAAGGAGCACAUGACAGCAGGUUUGCAACUGGAAUAGUUGUCGGAGUAGAAAAGAAUACUGACACAGACGCUCUGUGCUAUUGUUUUGACUGUAGGUCUCAGGGUUCCACAACAACAAAAAAAUGGGGAAAAGUUUAUCUUUUGACUACUAAAACUGUCAUUUUUGACAAAAGUGAAGCACUGAAAACCAAAUUUACGCUAUUUUUUGACAAUAAAACUAGAGUCUUAAGCGGAUCAUCUGUAAAGGACAGUGAUAUUAAUUACGAUUGGUGUGAAGUUGAGUGUGCUACAUGUGAUACAACAUUAAUAGAUAAAUUAAGUGAUAAUUUGGAGAGGUGUUCAACAGAAAUGAAAUCGGUAAACAGUCAUUUCAUAGGAGAACUCACGCGUCCUAAACUAGCAAUCAUUGUAUUCCACCCUUUUAAACAACCCAAAACUUUCUCGUAUGGGUUUUGGAAAGAUAGAUUUGAAGGAAAUAAGAAUACGUGGACUAAUUAUGAAUACAAUGUUGGUACAGAAAGAGGGGCUGCUGGUGCUUUUGUCUACAUUGUCGGCGUGAGUGACAUAUCAAAAAGAUAUGUUCAUGUUCACUGUGGGCUAAGAAAUCAUGGUGGUUAUAGUAGCUUUGGAUUAGAAAGAACAAAUGAUGCAUCAAACAUUAACGACAACAGAGGCCCACGAGUAGAUAAUUGAAUGGACUAUAUGUUUGUUACUUAAUUCUUAAGUUUAACUAAAAUAAACUACC